AGUGGGCCAGUUAGUUUACCAAAGGUGGUCGUGCCAAGCAGUCGGAAAAUUGAAUUUCACAAAAAAUCGUAUUUGAAAAAGCCAAUAACCAUGAGAGGCUAUAAUUUCGUUGCCGUUCUGAUAACAGCUGUUGUUUUAAGCCAACUGGAUGUCAGUGUAGCCAUACAUUGCUACAGUUGCACAUCAGCGAAUGCCUCGUGCCUUACAGAUGUUACCAACGUUGACACUGUAGACUGCGGUAACAAAGAAUGCGCUAUAAAUACUACUGAUACUGGCGUAAUUCGGGGAUGCUCUAAUGCAACAGAUGCGGAACCUUGUAAAAGUCCAAGCUGCAUUGGUUGCAACAUGGACAAGUGCAACCUUAACGUUGUGUGCUACAGUUGCACCGGAGAGUCAUGCAACACAGUGAAGGACGAAAUGCUCCUGGGCUGUCCUUUGAAUGAUAGGUGUUUCAGUUCUGGAACGAGUGCCACCAACAUGACCCGGGGUUGCACCUCAAAUACCGCCAAUGCCAAUUGUUCCGUAAGUACCACUGAGGGAUGCUCGAUCUGUGAUACCGGAAAGUGCAAUAGUCAGGUGUACGAGGAAUUCGAGUGCUAUUCGUGCUCCUCCAGCCUGAAUAGUGCCUGUUGGGACGCAAAGGACACCAGCAAGUUGGAAACGGUUUCCUGCACAAAUGGAACCUGUUUCAGUGGAUAUUGGAAUCGCCAAUUUGUACGUGACUGCUUCAGCUCGGCGAGCUCUUUGAUGCAAUAUCAGUGCACCACAAAUGUGACAGGACAUCAGUGCCAAAAGUGCGAAAUUUCCAAGUGCAACACAUGGGCCUACAACGGUGCAUCCUCGCUAAACCAUGUUGGAGUAGCCGGUAUCCUGAUUGUGGCAUUCAUCACCCUUCGGAAUUCCUUGUAGUCUCCCAGCCCAAAGAUACAAAGUUUUAAACAUAAUUUCAGCUAACUAGUCUCAUUGGUAAUCACUAAAUAAAAACAAAACUCUUUAAUAAAUAAA